AUGGAGGAAGAUCUCAAUGUCUUACCUUCCAGGCAGAUGCCUUCAUCGAGUGAAAAGGCAAUGGAGCUGGGGGAGAAUGAGGACCCCGCAGUACAGGUACGAGCGCAAGUUUUGCCGUGUUUUCAAGAGGGUGUAGUUAGAAAAGAGAAGUUCAUCAGAGUGGUGAGUCUGUUGCACAAAAGGGUGAACGAAUUGUUGUACGAGUCGCGUAUAUCGAGGGAAAAAAGGAGUGAGUUUGAGAAGGAGUUCCAAGUCAGCAUGAAGAGGAUAGAGGAAAGCGCGAAUGAAGGGUCAAAUGAGUCUAAGUAUCGGGACGAUUUGUUGACGGAUAUUAGCAUGACCUUAGUGUCGAGAGGAAUUGAAUCAAGGGACGAUUGGAGAGAUUACAUAGAGACUAUGGAGAGAGAUGGGGAGGUCUUGGCAGACAUAUGCGACAUCUUAAACACUGAUGUGUUACUGGUCAAGAAGGAAGUCGAAAAAUUGCAAGCAGUCGUGAAGAGCAAAGAGGCACUCGAUAAAGGAGACAACGUGUUCGACUGGACGGACGUCUGUCGAAGUCUUGAAGCAACAUUCGGGGAACCCAGCGAGGGAGGAAUGGGUCGAAGACAGAUCAGAAAGACUGGGUCAGCAGGCAAACCCGGGAGCGCGAUGGAGGAGCGCUCACUGGAAUACGCGCAAAUACUCUUGGACAACCUGGCCGGAUGGCCGGAGCAUUUCCAAUUGGUAGGCGCGCUGCAUAAGGUAGAGCCGCAUAGGGCUUACAACGAAGUUAAGCAAUUAGCCUUAAGCAUAGAGCAGUCGAAGCUCAUGCUAGCUGCCAAUAGGAGGGCGGCUGGGGCAAGCUGGAAGAAUAGGUCCGCACAUUAUCGCGAGAACAGAGCGGACAGGGAAUUUGAUCAUCCAAGGGAUCUUGGGAGACAGGUGUCACCUAGAAGCGAGGUGCACGGACUGGAGGACAGGGGACUCCAUGACAGUGCACACGCGCCUCAUCGCUCCAAUAAGACUAUGCCAAGCCAGGGCACUAGCGAGAGCAAGAAAUGCUAUAGCUGCUCGAGGUACGGACACAUUAGCCGCGACUGCCCGCAAAGAAAGGCUAGGGUAAACCAGAUCGGACACAAGGAACAAGCGCAGGUAAAAGAGAAGGCUACGGUGUCCAGAAUAAUCGAACAAGCGCGAAGCCUAGGUAUGGCAGUGAAGAAUGCAAGAGUCAAGAGAAGUGCUCUAAUUGGAGAUCGCGUUGUGGUAUCAAUAAAUUUGUUGGAUAGAGAGAAUCAGGCACUGGUAGACACUGGAUCAAUGAUUAGCAUCUUACCGGUCGACAUACUAAGGAAGGCUCAGGACAGUGGGUACGAUGUGGAUGCUCUGGAGUUGGUAGAGGAGUCAAGUCUCAGCCCCGUCUUUGAUGCAUCAGGAAAUAGAAUGCACUUUCUGGGAGCAGUCAUAGUAGAAACCGAACUGCAUGGAGGAAAUCGGGAGAGAGUCGCCUUUCACAUCAGUAAGGGAAAGGAAGAGGAAAUCAUAUUGGGCACCAAUGCUCUUGGUAGGUUGGGAAUCGAAGUUUCCAUAAUCGGAAACCAAGAGGGAAAGAUACAACAGAGAAAAGAAGAGGACAGAGGAGAUGUGACAGUGAAGGAGCGUGUGUAUGUACCGCCUCGUAGGGUCGCGCUCGUAUCAGUGCUAUGCAGUGGUGACCGUUUGGAAGAGGUGGAGCGAGUGAUUUGGCCUACCAAGGAGGGGGUAGCAGCCGGCGUGUACAGUAUCCGAAAUCAGGAAGCGGUUGUGCCUGUCUUCAAUAAUAGUGAUGAAGGGCUGGUCCUCAAGCAAGGCGAAGAGGUAGGGCGCUGGGGCACCGACAAGUGGCAUCAGCGAUGGGAAGAACUCAACCCACUGAAGAUGGAUAAUGGAGAACACAUGUGGCAAGGACAAGAAAGACUGGAAAGACUAACAGAACUGAUUGAAAUAAACACAGAAGCAGGGCAUCUAGAUGAAGGCAUACGGCAUUUGCUAACAUUACAUUCGGAUGCGUUUGCAGUGUGUGAGAGAGAACUUUCUCAGACAGAUAUGGCAGAAAUGACUAUCGAUACGGGAGACAGUAGCCCUAUAAAAAUGAAAGCAAGACCCGUUCCGUUAGGAAUCAGACCGAAAUUGAAAGAGCUUUUGACAGACUUACUAGAUAGGAAUAUAAUCGAAAAGAGCAAGUCGGAGUGGGCCUUCCCUAUAGUUCUAGUUGAGAAAAAAGAUGGUUCCAUUCGAUUAUUACUUGGGCGAGCUCAAAGGAGCUCGGUGUUAUCUGCUUCUUCCCAUGCAGCAAGACUCCGUGCCGCUUGCUUCUCGUAUGAGGACGACGAUCAUUUCGUAAUGGUGAGAGUGCCCUAUACAGAAGUCUUAAUGACAUCCAUAAAGAAAGAGUUGAUGAAAGGGCAGAAGGUCGAUCUCGUCAAGCAAAAAGUUAUCGCAGGAAAGAAGGUCGGUUACCUUUAG